CAAUGGUUUUUCCACUUAAUUAUUAAUAACAACAACUUAACCCAGCCCACACACUCACUAGCCCAGUCCCCAAAGUAAGUAAAUCCACAAUCACAAACAAAACACUCUAUUACUUUUUCUUUCCUCACUUCCCUUGUUCUCACAAAGUCACAAUGGACCCCCUCUCUCUCUUCUGCACCGGAGCCCUCCUCGCCGGCGGCCUCUACUGGUUCGUGUGCGUUCUGGGCCCCGCCGAGCAGAAGGGCAAACGCGCCACCGAUCUUUCCGGCGGCUCCAUCUCCGCCGAGAAAGUCCAAGACAACUACAAACAGUACUGGUCCUUCUUCCGCCGCCCAAAGGAGAUCGAGACCGCCGACAAAGUCCCCGACUUCGUCGACACCUUCUACAAUCUAGUCACAGACAUCUACGAGUGGGGGUGGGGCCAGUCCUUCCACUUCUCCCCCUCCAUCCCCGGCAAGUCCCACCGCGACGCCACGCGCCUCCACGAGGAGAUGGCCGUCGAUCUCAUCGAGGCCAAGCCCGGCAACAGAAUCCUGGAUGUGGGCUGUGGCGUGGGCGGUCCCAUGCGGGCCAUCGCGGCCCACUCGCGGGCCAACGUAGUCGGCAUCACCAUCAACGAGUACCAGGUCAACCGCGCAAGGAUGCACAACAAGAAGGCAGGGUUGGAGUCCCUCUGCGAGGUCGUGUGCGGGAAUUUUCUCAAGAUGCCCUUCCCCGACAACAGCUUCGACGGCGCGUACUCCAUCGAGGCCACGUGUCACGCGCCGAAGCUGGAGGAAGUGUACGCCGAAAUCUUCCGUGUUCUGAAACCGGGGGCGCUCUAUGUUUCCUACGAGUGGGUGACGACGGAUAAGUACCGAGGCGAUGACCCUGAACACGUGGAGGUCAUUCAGGGGAUUGAGAGGGGGGACGCGUUGCCUGGCCUUAGAAACUACACCGACAUAGCCGAGACGGCGCGUAAGGUAGGGUUUGCUGUUGUGAAGGAGCGGGAUCUGGCUAAGCCGCCGGCUCAGCCAUGGUGGAGCCGAUUGAAGAUGGGUAGGAUCGCCUACUGGCGGAACCAUAUUGUGGUCACUGUUCUCGCCGCUUUGGGAAUCGCGCCCAAGGGGACCGUCGAUGUUCAUGAGAUGCUCUUCAAGACCGCUGACUAUUUGACCAGAGGGGGUGACUCUGGCAUUUUCUCGCCGAUGCACAUGAUCCUCUGCAGAAAGCCCCAUGACAAGGACGACCAUAACUGAGCGUUUCAUUGGGAAAUUCCAAAACUAUAACAACCACCACCUUGUUUCUUUCCGGUACUCUCUUUUUUUUUUUUCAUAAUUAUUAUUAUCUUGGGUUUAACUUAUUGUUAUUAGUUAUUAUUAUUACUAUGAACUUGGUGUAAUUUGGAUUUUGAUCUUUUCAAUUUUAUUUUUAAUUUUGCUAUGUUGAUCAUUUAGUGGAGGAUGUGUAUUUUUUUUUUGUUUCAAUGGGAUAUUAUUUAGAAAUA